AUGAAUUCAAAGGCGAUUGAAAUUUUAAAUUUAAUUGAAGAAAAGUCGUUCAAAAAAAGUGAGAAGCUGAUUACUGUAGGGUUGAAGAGCAAGAAAAAUGAAAAAUUAUACCUGCUUUUAAAAUGUUUGCUUCAUUCGUAUGUCAAUGAAAUAAAGGAGUGUAAAGAAGGGUUGGCUUUUAUAGAUCCAGAUGAUUAUGAUGAGAAUAUAUUUUACAUUUUAGGUAAUAUUUACGAAAAUCUAAAUGAGGAAAGUAAGUUCAUUGGUUUGUAUGAGCAAAAGUUGAAGAAGGCGGAAAUCGCUAAAAAUGGUAAAACAUCAAAUAAUACAAAAAAUGUUAAAAUUACUAACACUGUUUGUUCUACUACUGCUAGCAGCAAGAGCAUUAAUGACAGUGGUCAUGUUAGCAGUAAUAAUAGUACCAUUGUCAGUAGUGGCAAUGAAAAGUUUGCGCAUAGACAGAAAUUAGAUGUAGAACGGGUUCUGAAAAAUCUAUUUGAUUACUGUAUCAAUGGCAGUUUUUUUAAUAAAGGCAGUAAUCUAUCAUUGAAAUUAUUUAAAAUAACAAAUGAUUCGAAAUAUAUACUAUAUAACAGUUUUUUACUAUAUAUGAAUAACUCGAAUAAUAAUUCUCGAAUAUAUAAUUUAUGCCUGAAUUUUAUAAAAAACUACAAAUAUUUUAAUUAUAACAAGGUAAUGGAAAAUUUUUCUUUUUUUCUGAUUUUCUUCUUUUUAAAUAUAAAAAUGAGAAAUUAUGAAGAAUGUAUUAAAAUAAAUGAAUAUGCAAAAACGAAUAAUUUUUUCCUUAACCCAUUGCAAUAUUAUGUCUACAAAUUUUAUAUAUUUUUUAUUUUUAAUAAGUUAGAAGAAGCUAUACCUAUAUUAAUUUUUUUGAUAAAAAAAUUACCGGAAAAUUACGACUACUACAUUUUAUAUAUGGAUAUUACCAUUUAUUUGUUGAAUAAGCGUUCUAAUGUCAUAAUGGAGGAGAAAGUGGGAGAAUCCGAAGUGGAAGACGUAUUCAAGUACUACAAAAACGACUUAAUGUAUUUAGAGUUCUUUCAAAAGUGUUUUAUGAACACGUGUAUGCAACGCUUGAAAGCGGUUCCUGGGAAUAUAAGCACAUUCUGGAAUUGUAUUUUUCGGGGGGAUGAGUAUUCAAAGGACUUUUUCAAAGAAAUUAUGAAUUAUGUACUCUCGCUACACGAAGGGAACAACAGUAAUGGCAUAUGUAAUGGCCAUGCUUCUAGCAGUGACAGUUAUACUAGUAAUGACCAUGCUCCUAGUAAUGACCAUGUUCCUAGGAAUGGUCAUACUCCUAGUAAUAGCUAUACCCCUAGUAAUAAACAUGCUCCGAGUAAUAGCCAUGCUCCGAGUAAUAGCCAUACUCCGAGUAAUAGCCAUGCUCCGAGUAAUAGCCAUACUCCGAGUAAUAGCCAUACUCCGAGUAAUAGCCAUACUCCGAGUAAUAGCCAUACUCCUAGUAAUAGCUAUACCCCUAGUAAUAACCAUGCUCCGAGUAAUAGCCAUGCUCCGAGUAAUAGCCAUACUCCGAGUAAUAGCCAUGCUCCGAGUAAUAGCCAUACUCCGAGUAAUAGCCAUACUCCAGGCAAUUGCCAUGAGUCUCCCCUUGAAAACGUAAUACAGAAAGUUGAGUUAACCGUGGGGGUGUACAAAAAGAACGUAAUGAAAAUACACAGCGAACAGGAUGUAAAGAUGUAUAUGUAUACACUUUUUUUAAUUUUAUUAAAAGAAGGUAAACAUUACAACAUAUUCUAUUCUAUUAAGCAUCACUUGAGCAUUUUAAGAGACGACAUGAUAGCUGUUCUGAUAGUAUUUCUAAAAAUAAUUUUAAAAAUAUUGUAUACAUUUAUUAGAAGCGAAAUGACACGUUUCGAAUUAUCCAUUAGUGAAGGAAAGAAUGAAAUGAUAAGCAAAAAUAGAGAAAAGAAUAUUUUAGAACAAUACAAACAGAUAUACAAUUUUGAAAAAUUACUAUACAUAUUAUACAAAAAAGAUGUUUACGACUCAUUUGAUAGAAUUUUUUCUUUAUAUAUAAAAAUUACGAAUAAUCCACAUUUAAAGUUAAAAGAUGAUAACGUAGUUAUCCUUUUGGUUGAAAUGGCCUUAUACAUAGACAAAUGUAAAGUUUUCAAAACUGAGAAAAAUUGCUACUCUGAUUAUGGUACACACAUAUAUACUAUAAUAAAUAAUAAUCAUCAACAGUUAAAUAUUGGAAACUGCAGCAGUGUUGAUGAGUAUGUAGGAAUCAUUGAUAGUUAUGACGACUUAAAUGGUAAAGAUAGUCAUACUGAUGAUAACAGAACAAUCGUUCUUUUUUCUCAUAAUUAUAAGUCGUUUGAAAAUAUAAAUGAAGAAAAGAACUCAGUUAAGUGUGAAAAAGAUGUAUUGUUGUUUAGUAGAUCCUACUAUAUAAUCGCAUUGAGUUUAUUAAAAUAUUCUUAUGAUUACAAAAUUCGGCUAAAUGAAAAAGAAAAUGAAGAAAAAAAAGUAAAACCUCUUUUAAAUAGUGAAUAUAUAAAUGUACUAGUUUUAACGAUAUACCUGAAUAGUGUUAUUGGAACUUUUAGUAAUACUUCUUCCUUAGUUGAAAAAUUAAAUAUUAAAAAUAUACAACUCAUAACAUACUCCCCAAUUUUAUACAUUCAUAUGUUUAGUUAUUCUUAUUAUAAAUAUGAAGAUAAUUUAUUAAAAUUAAUUCUGAAUUAUUAUAAUGUUCAACAAAGUAAUUUGAAAAGUUCUAUUUCAAAAUGUUUUCAAAAUUAUUCUUUUUUUAAAAUUAACGAAAUUGUAAAUUCGUACUUUUUAAAUACAACAAGUAUUGUUUUUUACUUCAUUAAGCUAUUAUUUAUUUUUAAGAAGCAGAUCUUAGCAGGGAAAGGGCUUUUUUAUGUCCACUUAUUUAGUAGCUUGAAAAAUAAUUAUAUUAUGCAUAACGAAUAUUCAACAAAAUUUCCAUUUCUAAAGGAUAUGAUUAACAGUAUAAGUAACAACCCGGUUAAGAAUAAAAAUGCUAAGGUAGAUAUAUCGAAAAAGAUGUCUAAUUCUACUCAACAAAAGAACAACAACUGUACUAUAGAGGUAAUAGAAAUUGACAAAUGUAUCACAGACAAGGAUAUCACAAAUGCUAAGAGAGAAUAUAAUAGUCGUUCCAACGAAUUAUUAAACACGUCUGAAAACUCUACUUUGAAUGAUAACUCAAAUUGUUGUAUUAUAACAAACGAUUUUAUGCAUUUACUAAAAAGGCUGAAUGAAGAGGAUAUAAUAUAUGAAGAUUGUUCUUGUUCUUUUAAAAACCUUUACUCAAAACUGUUACUAGAUAAGUAUCAUUUUUUAACUAUAGACAACCAGACUGUGUUAAUAAAAUAUAACAUACCAUCUUUUCAUUACACUUUUUACAAAUCGUAUGAUACUUUUUUUUACAAUCAUAUAGUGUACGAAUCGUUAAUUCAGUUAGCUGAUUUGAAAUUCUUAAAAGAUAUAAAAAUUCUGAACUGUUCAGAAGCAAAUAGUGUUAACUUACUUAGAGACAUAAAAACAAUAUACCCUAUGAUAAUACUAUCAAAUUUUUAUAAUUUGAAAGGUAGUACUUACUUAACUAGUCAUUAUGAACAUCUACGAAAUUGUAGAAAUAUGAAUGAUGUAUUAUUACUCAGUAGAACUGAUAUCCAUGAUACUAAAAAUGAUCAACAUCGCAGUGAAAAUAAUCAUACCAUCCUUUUUGAAAAAGUAAAGGAACAUGUAAAUUAUAACCAUGGUGACAAAGAAAUUAAUUUUUUUACUAGCAAUAAUACCUAUGUAACUUUUGAUAAGGAUAAUUAUAGUUAUAGAAAUAAGUAUAUUUUUAAUUCGUAUAAUAAAAACAAUUCGAUAUUUAAUGAUAGCUCAGUAACAUCCCCUUUUGAUAUUUGUUUAACGGAGCUGUUUAACUAUCCCGUUCAAACGAUAUAUUUAAAUUCUAUAAUUUUAAAUACUAUUAUUUACAUUUUUCACAAAUCGUUUUAUUUUUAUUCUCUUGAAGAUGUUAAAAAAAAGAAAGCAAUUAACAAAGCUAAAUGCGCCUUUUUCUACCUCAUAUAUAUUGUCAAUUAUUAUGGCCUAACCCAGUGCACUAGUGGUAUUUCUACCCGGACCGAAUGUCAUUGUGACCGCGCAAAAGUAAAAGGCUCAUCCUUGCAAAGAGUAAAUGACAAAAGUGAUAAAGAUGGAAUUAAGGAUAGCAGUUACGAUGCGAACGAACUAACGGGGGAAGAAAUACUCCUGCAUAGUGAAGACGCAGGAAGGGGAAAAGACGUACAAAAUGGAUACGCCGAUUUGUAUAAAACGGAGUAUUUCUGCAACCUAUUUAAAACAUUUGAAAUAUUGCAAGCAGCGUAUCAUAACGACAUGUACAAUACAGGCUCCAUACUAUAUUUUAAAUGUUUACUUUUAAAUAUAAAUAUGUACAUAAAAAUAUUAACCGAUAGUACUGGAAUUGAAGAAUGCAUUAGUGAAAUUCAGAUUGUUUAUACAACUAUAUGGUCAUAUUUACUUAUCAAUUUAAACAAUUUUAAGCAACUUUUGAUUAAUGAUAAAACAUAUCAAAUAAUAAACUUGUCAUGCGUAUUUAAACAGUACAACUAUCUUGUACAGAACAUUACUAUUUUUACUUUAAUAAUACAGUCUAUUUAUUACCAAGGCAAGAAGAAAGUGUCUAAUGAAAAUAAUGCUUUAAUGAAAAAUUUAAUAAAUAGAAUAAUUUUUUUACUUACUGAUCUGAACAAAAAUUUGUAUUCCUUUUCAGAGGUCCUAAACAAGUACAAUCCUAUAACAAUUUCUCAUGUAUUAAAAAAUUUUGAACUUCAGUCGAUAAGCGAAAUUGUGUCUUCUUAUAAACUACAUAUUUGGAAUUUGCACGAUUUACUGAACAAUAAAAUUGUCGUCAUAAAAGCGUACUCAUAA